CUCCAUCAUGGUGAAGCAGCCUCAGCGAAAAGGCAUUUUCAUGGGCAUCGUCGCGUAUUUGAUUUGGGGACUGAGUGCCGUUUACUGGAAACAACUCGUCAAAGUACCGGCGAUGCAGCUUCUCUGCCAUCGAAUUGUGUGGGCCCUGCCCGUGGCAGCCGCCGUCAUCUUGGUCACUGGCCACGGCCCCAACGGAUCUUUCCGAUCCUUCCUAGCUUCGCUCAAGCGGACCGUUGUGGGAUUUUACGCCGCCACCGCGACUCUACUAGGCGUGAACUUGUUCGUAAGCAUUUGGGCGGCGAAUGCUGGGUUUAUCGUUGAGCUCAGCUUAGGCUACUUCACAAGCCCCCUCGUGACUGUGCUCCUGGGGGUGUUGUGUCUUCGCGAACGCCUUCGCAUGUGGCAAUGGGUUGCAAUCGCCACGGCCGGGUCCGGUCUACUCACCGUGACCUUUGUGUACGGCAAGUUUCCAUGGAUCGCCAUCGUGCUGGCCAUGGACUUUGGUUUGUACGGCCUCUUGCAAAAGAAGGCGCCGCUGCUGUCCGUUCAAGGCAUUUGCAUCGAAUUUGCCAUUUUGACAUUGCCGAGUGCUACAUACUUGGUGUUCGAGCAAUACCAGGGCACUGGCGCGUUCACGACGAUCUCAGUGGGGUACGAUGUUCUCAUGGUGGGCCUGGGGGUGCUCACCAUAACCCCACAGCUGCUAUUCUCCACGGCCAUCAAGGCCAUUCCACUCACUAUCAUGGGCCUCUUGCAGUUUAUUGGCCCGACUCUGAACAUUUUAAUUGGCGUGGUCAUCUACCACGAAAACUUUGAGUGGACCAAAGCCAUCGGAUUCGCCCAAGUGUGGCUAGGCCUCGUCGUGUACACGUAUGACUUGCUUCGACGUGGCGCCAAGAACGAAUCCUCGGCGGUCAUCAUCGACCCCACUACCGCGACUCGACCUACCAUCACCAGUGCCGCCGACAUAGUCUCGCUGGCCAAAGGAGAUACUAGUAGUAGCGGCGACCACCUUGUAGUUUCGGCGACGGAAAACAAGAUGUAAUAAAACAAUGCUUCUU